GGAAACACAGCUGGUGGUCUUCAGCAGCAGGUGUCCAUCAGGGCGACCCCAGACCUCCUGAAGACUAAACCUGUCCUCUACUCUACUCAGCACAACCAGGAGGGGAAGCUCACUAUAGACCUGCCUAAAGUACAGCCGACUAGUCAAGUCAGAUGGUACUACAUCGUGGUGGUGCCUGUGUCCCCGUCGUCGUCACGGCGAUGGGAGAACCCCGACGAGAUGGACCUGGAGGAGCUGUUGGAGUCUGGCGAGGGUCCUGUCCUGCGUCGCAGACGCCAGGUCGAGCCCACGCGGCCGUACAUCGCCGCCAAGCUGCCCUCCCUGCCCGCUACGUUCACCCUGGGAGAUGAGAAGAAUUACAACGGCUUCUACAACCGUCCCCUGCCGGGGCACCAGCGCUACCUGGCCUUCAUACUGGCUGCACUGAAGGAGCAAGACACGGACAACAGUGACAAACAU